AUGGUUUACAAUAAACCCAAUCCUGCAACAGGUGCCAUGAAGCGUUCUGCGUCUGCCCUCCAUGAAGGCCCUCCUGGGUGGGACGUUGCACCCACCAUGAUGACCCCAACUCGCUCGACCUUCCGUAUGCCCUAUACUCAUUACGCUAUGAUCUACCUCGAUAACGAGGGCAAGCUCAAAGUCGACGAGUCGGACUCGAUUCAGCAGCAAAAUUCGACUGUCUUCACCCCAGAGGUUCGCCAGAACUUCCUGGAAAUCUUGGGGGAAAGGAUUGGAUUCCACCAGCCAAUGGCCCGCCGCACUCUGGAGGCCUCUUCUCCCCGACGUGUCCGACGUCGCCGAGGCAAUGUGCCUGGCUCUAUUGCAGAUGAUCGCUUAGCCGGUGCGGACUCUGACAGCGAUGACUUUACUCCUAACGGCACCAAUGAAAUGGUCCCUCUCCGCAUCGGAGAGUCCCAGAAGGUGAUGGCCUACUAUGAGGGUGCUUUGAAGCACUUCCAGCAACUGAACUGCCGUAUGGUUGCCAAGGCAUUCAUCAAGUUCAUCGAGCCUCGCAAGCAGGUUCGCCACCCCUACAAUGGAGGCAAGCCUCCACCAGGCUCUGCCCCGGGUACAACUGGUGAUCCCGAGAAGACCAAGCCUGAGUGGUGGCCACCAGGUGUGAUGCACAAGGAGCCUGACCACCUGCGCAAAGAGUACCGCAUUGAGCUCCUGCUUCACAUUAUUCGCAAGCUUGGUAGCCAGAACAUCACCGCCGAUAAACUGAAGGAAGUUGCGGGCGACACUAAGCGUAGUUUGAAACACCCCUCCCAUGUCGAGAUUAUCUAUGAGAUCCUUCGUGUGCGCAAGAUGGAGGAGCGCUUUGAGCGUGGUGAAGUCGAUGGCAACAUGGUUGUCUAUGUCAUGAACCGAGGCCCCAGCCCCAAAGGUGACGAGGACGAAGAGUCCACUGAGGCAUCGGCGACUUUUGUAGAAGCCCCGGAACACAUCGAAGAGGGUCUGAUGACUCCCACUUCGUCCAUCGAGCAUGCAUCUGCAACUCUCACAACUCCCGUUGAAACGAUGCCCGUGGCGACGACUCGCUCUCUGCCCGGAAGUUUCUCUAUUCCGGAGCCUCUGAGCUUCGAAGCGUCUCGACCAGACCGUUCAUACUACGCUACCCCUCCCCACUAUACAGACACCUUCUCGCAGCCGAUGCUCAGUGCUCCUGUCACUGCCGAGAUGAUCAGCCCGCACGAUGUCUCCGUAUUUGACUAUCCGCCCACGACUCCUUAUCCCACCUCCACGCCGGAUCAGUCGCGGCACCCCGCCCCUGGCCAAUAUGAGGCUUGGGCUCCGACCUUCCGCCAGAACAUCUUCAGCCCAGUGGACUAUAGUGCGCCUCCCACUACCCAGGGUGUGCUGCCACCAAUGCCAUAUCACGCGGGGAUGCCCAUGGCGUCGCCGGCCCAGCUGCAUGACAUGACCCAUCCGCAUGCUCAAUCCCCUAUGGAUAUGAGCCAGCGGGCAUUGCCCUUCCGUACAGGCUCCCUGGGCCAUCCACAUGGCCUGCCCCUCUCUCACCCUGCCUAA